CAUGGACCGGUGGGUGAGAGCUGCAGGAACAGGUGAUCCAUGGAUUGGUAGGUUCCUGUGCAGCUACCGGUUCUCAAUGCAUCUCUAUAAAUUCUUUCUUCUCCUCCAGAAAUGCUGACUGUGUCCUUGGUUCAGUUCCUGCGAGGCUGUUGUAGUUUUGGAACUUGGAAGCAGUUUCUGUUGGCGGAAUGGAUCCACCUGGGCCUGGAGGACCAGGGCAUGGUGGACCGGGGCCUGGUGGGCCAGGUUGGGGAGGCCCUGGUGGGUGGGGUCCGGCUCCACCUGGCGGGCCUGGGUUUCCUGGUGGCCCUGGUCCUGGUCCUUGGGGACCUGGGUUCGGUGGCCCUGGCCCUGGUUCCUGGGGACCUGGGUUCGGUGGCUUCUUCGGGUCCUGCUUCUACAUCCUCUGCUGCUGCUGCCUGCUCCAAGAUUGCUGCGGUCCGCUCUUCGGACAGCCAGGCCCGGGCGGCCCGCCACACCCCUUCUGAUAGCAUGCCGGCCGCCACGAUAAAUAAAGUACCGGGUUAGAGUUAACCCCACUUGGGUCAACAUAUUUGCCUCUUCGGAG